AUGGAAGCGAGAAUGAGAGUGAAGAUGAGAGGGAUGAGAGGGGAGGAGGAAGGAAUGAGUAAGGCCCAUAGUGGUAGUGAUGGAGUGGAGGUGGUGGUGGUAGGGAUGGCGCUUGUGGAUGUGGUGGUGCAUGGUGGUGGUGGUGGUGGUGGUGGUUGUGGAGGUGGUGGUGGAUGUGGAGGUUUUGAAAGAGGUGGUGGUUGUGGUGGUGGUGGAGGUGAAGGUGGAGUUGGUGGUGGUGGUUGUGGUGGAGGUGGAAGUGAAGGUGGAGUUGGUGGUGGUGAUGGAGUUGGUGGUGGUGGAGGAGGUGGUGGUGGUGGCGGUGGUGGUGGCGGUGGCGAUGGUGGUGGUUGUGGAGGUAGUGAAUGUGGUGGUGUAAGUGGUGGAGUUGGAUGUGGAAGUGGAGGUGGAAGUGGAAACAGAUGUGGAUCCAGGGCAGCCGAACUCGCAGAAGGAAGAUUUCAAAGCGGAUCGAACCAGAAACCAAUGGCGUUGAUCAAGAAAUUGCGAAAGGGCGUAUGCAAAGCUAUCAGUUUCUGA